AUGUCCGCCUCAACUGAUCGCUCUCCCCCGUGGGAGGAAGGCCGCGCUUCGGUUCGCAUCAGGUUUUGCUCUUCUGCCCCCAGCGGGACGGCGGCCGAGAGGCUCACCGACGACCUCAUCGUGGAGAUCCUCUCGCGUGUCCCGGCCAAGUCGCUCUGCCGCUUCAAGUGCGUUUCCAACCACUGGCUGAGCCUCAUCCACCACCCGGACCACCGCAAAAAGCUCCCACAAACCCUGGCCGGCUUCUUCUACACGAGCAACGACGUUGAGCGCCUCCCGAUCUCAGCACACCAUCUCGCCAAUGUCUCAGGGAGAAGCUGCCCUGCGAUAGACACUUCUUUCGCCUUCCUGCCCAGCCACCGGCAAGUCGAUCUGCUGAACUGCUGCGGCGGCCUCCUUCUCUGCCGCUGGCACUCCGUCAGGGGUGACGAGUGCCGUUACAUCAUGUGCAAUCCCGCGAGGGAGGAGUGGGUCAUGCUUCCCGAAUCCAGUAAUGCAGGCAUGAGGGGCACUAGUGGAUGUGUAUUCGUCCGAAACCAGGAGAUGGAUUCAUAA